UGCUGGUCCCUCCUUUGCUGCACAUGGGCUUCCCGGUGCACACGGCUGCCCUUCCCCGCCUGAGUCUGAUCCUGCUUCUCUGGAGCUGCGGGCCCGGGGGCCAGAGCCAAGAAUUGCAGUUUGGGCCCUGUCGAGUGGAGGGGGUAGUUCUCCAGAAACUGUGGGAGGCCUUCCGGGCCGUGAAGGACAUUGUGCAAGCUCAGGAUAACAUCACGGGUGUCCGGCUGCUGCGGAAGGAGGUUCUGCAGAACGUCUCGGAGGCUGAAAGCUGCUACCUCAUCCACGCCCUGCUGAAGUUCUACUUGGACACCGUCUUUCGAAACUACCGCCGUAAGGCAGCAGAGUUCAGGAUCCUGAGGUCAUUGUCUACUCUGGCCAACAAUUUUAUUGUCAUCGUGUCAAAACUGCAACUCAGUCAGGAAAAUAAGAUGUUUUCCACCUGGGAAAGUGCACGCAAGAGGUUUCUGCUGUUCCAGCGAGCAUUUAAACAGUUGGACAGAGAAGCUGCUGUGACCAAAGCCUUUGGAGAAGUGGACAUUCUUUUGACCUGGAUGGAGAAAUUCCAACAGCUCUGA